AUGAGGGGUGAUUUGUCCGUGGGUGACUACCUUGAUCGCAUGAAUGCUAUUGGUGACAACUUGGCUCUUUCUGGAAGGCCAGUGGAUGAUGAUGAACUUAUCCAAAUUAUUAUGAAUAAUCUCGGACCAGCCUAUGAAAUAAUCGUGAGUGCAGUGCAAGCUCGUGACACUCCAAUCACACAUGACACCCUUAAAGCUCUUCUACUGUUCCUAUGCCAGAGAAUGGACCUACGUCUUUUGUUACUGCUCGUGGACAUGGUGAUUAUUGAGGACAUGGGCAUGGUGCUACACCGCCCACUUGUGGUAUUGAUUACAAUGAGACCUUUAGUCCAGUUGUGA